AUGAAGGGCAGCUGUGCCGUGAGCACCCUGGAGGCUGCGGUGGAGUGUUUGGGAGUCAACAGGUCAUCUUCAGAAAUUUUGAAUCGGCAAAAAAGAAACUGGAUCAUUGAUUCUUACAGUAUUGAUGAAGACUAUGAUCGAGAGUUCCCAUACAUACUGGGCAAAAUUGAAGUUGAAAAGAAAUUGACCUUUUACGAGAUCCAUGGUCAAGGUGUGGAUUUGGAACCGAAAGGCAUAUUACAAAUAGAUGAAAACACAGGGGUAAUCAGUGUCCACGGCCCCGUUGACUAUGAGAGAUAUCGAGUUUUGAAGCUAACGUUUCAGGCAUUUGAUAGAGAAAAGCAUGUAAUAGACACACGGCUUGGUGUUGAGAUAUUGAUCAAUGAUGCAAAUGACAACCCUCCAAAGUUUGGCCGUGACGUCUACCAGAUCAACAUACCAGAGGCAACAUCACAAGGCACUAUACUGACUACCGUUAUGGCGAAGGAUGAUGACAGUGAGGAGGACAACAGAUUAUUUGAUUUAAAUAUAAUCUCAGUCACUCCUCAGCCAUCUGAUCUCGAGUUCUACUUAACCCAGAACUUUCAAACUGGAGCCAUUUCAUUUAAAGGGUGUCUGGACCAUGAGGAAGCAGAGAAAUAUGCCAUUAUAGUGGAGGCCAAAGACCAUGGGAAAAAAAAACAGCUCUCCAGCUCCUGCACCGUCAUAAUCAACAUAGCAGAUGGAAAUAACCACCUUCCUCAAAUCAUUGGACAAACAGGUCCAGGGAGAGUGAAAGAAGGACAGACAGGUGUUCUUGUUUUACGUCUGCAAGUUACAGACGCAGACAGCAAAGGUACACCGGCCUGGAGAGCUAAAUAUAAAAUCCUAGGAGACCAAGACGACAACUUUAAUAUCACUACUGAUCCUGAAACAAAUGAGGGACUACUCUACGUGAAAAAGCAUCUGAACUAUGAAGACAGCUCUCUGAGGACCUUGACUAUCAGUGUGGAGAAUGAGAUCCCCUAUCAAACAUGCAAAGUGGUGAGUCGCAGCAGUAGUCUUUGGAAAGUAGAAACUAUUGGUGGUGAGACUGUGACAGAGACAACACGGUUGUCCACCCGCCAAGUGACAGUGACUGUGGAGGAUGUCAAUGAGGCUCCAAUCUUCAAACCACCUAACAAAAUGGUUUCGGUGGUCGAGAAUGGCGAUGUGGGCCAGUAUCUGUGGACAUCCACAGCGAAAGACCCUGAUGCCACCAACACAGUUGUAUACAGAAAAGGAGAUGAUCCAGCUGGUUGGAUUACAGUGGACACCAAGACUGGAAAAAUAACCACAACGAAGAUCAUAGACCGAGAGUCAUCCUAUGUGAAAAACAAUAUCUAUACAGUCACAAUAUUGGCUGUUGACAAUGGUCAACCUCUGAUGACAGGCACUGCAACCCUGACCAUCCAUGUCUCUGAUAAGAAUGACAAUGCUCCAUUCCUGCCUGUAGGCACAAUCGACAUGUGCCAAUCUGAUGGACUCUCUCGGGCCAACAUCACAGCCAUGGACCUAGAUGAAGAUCCCUAUAGUGGACCUUUCACCUUUAAGCUCCAGGGAAAUGAGAAGGGGUAUUGGAAGCUUGACCCUACACGAGGGUAUUCAGUCAACUUGGUGAAAGAGAACACAGUUCAUUCUGGACAUUAUGAGCUGUUGCUGGAAAUGUCCGACCUUCAGGGCAACACAGCCGUACACAACCUGUCGGUUACUGUGUGUAACUGCAUGGAUCCAGCGAAGCCUAACUGUCGUAUUCGCAAAGCUGCUGGCUCCACAAUCGGAGGAGGAGCACUUGGGAUCAUUUUUUUAGGCAUUCUACUGCUUGCAGGUGUGCUACUUUUGGUUUUUCUGAUGUCAUGUAAGAGAGAGAAAAUACCGAUCCCAGAUGGCGAUUCAGGACAACAUCUGAUGAACAGUAACAUUGAGGAAAAGGGAACUGACUGCAAAGUGGCUUUUGAGCCAUUAAACAAAGAAUAUAUUCAGAAUGAGAAACAAACCCAAGUAAUGUCUGAACUUCUAGCUAUGAAUCAAGUGACAACUGACUCAACAAUGCAACAAAACUUUAUAUGUGGGAACUCUAUGCGCUGGAGUGGCUCAACAAAGCAGCAAAACUUUUCACGUGGGAACUCAAUGCGCUGGAGUGGCUCAACAAAGCAGCAAAACUUUUCACGUGGGAACUCAAUGCGCUGGUCUGGCACCUGCUCGCACCUGAUUGCUGCGGGGGUACACGCCCAUAAACGUCUUGAACACCGAAAAUAA